AUGGACCGAUCGAUCAAUCGGCUUGAGCUGAUCAUUGUCAGCGAACGGAAAAAGUCUCACGACAAGGUCUAUCCGAAGGGAUAUGUGGAGAUGCUCGAACAACAACAAGGCCAGCUGGUAUCUGGUCUCCAGGAAAUGUACAAGCGAUUAGUCGAAGCAAACGCCUGGAAAGGAUCACCACUUGCAGAGUCGAACGGCAAUCCCUUGACCCACGAUAUUCUUUCUGCCUUGGACCUACUCGAGGCAAGGCACGACGGUAGUGGUGAGCUGGAGACAUUUGAGGAGGACUGCACCAAGUUGCAAUCGCGGCUAUUGGCAGAUGGCGCUGGCUACACUCAGCAGCGACGAGAAUCAUUCAGCUCGGACUCGGAACACAGCCAACACAGUCACGCCCGCUCGCAAUCGCAUAGCACGCCCACUCUUUCCAAGCCUGCGCCCGCAGUGUUCAAAGAGAACUUUGCGUUCGGCAGCGCGCCAUCAUCCCCUCCAGCACACACUCCGGCUCGUCCACCUCACAGAUUAUCCUACUCGUCAGCAGCUCAGCCAUCGCCUCUUCAACAAGCCUCACCACUUGCCAAUGAUCCCCAGCUCUACCAAGCAGAAUGGGCAUACCCAGACACCACGGCCAGCUAUGCGAUGCGACCUGACUUCGCCAUUCAAACACCAGAGAUCGACUCGAAACUCCACAAUCUCAAUGGUCUUCCAUGGGAGCCCACUUCCGCACCAUACGAGGCAAACAUGGCGGCGUUCACGUCUUACCCACCUAUACACAUGUCGAACGGCUUCGGAGAUGGACCUAGACUGCAAGACGGAGCCUUUCCAGGAUUUCAAGCCGAUUCCAUGGACCUCGAGUUCCAGCAGUACAUUCAGGUCAUGACAUGACGAUUGGGCAACACAUUCUUUGUUCCCCUCUUUAUGCGUUCGACCGGUUGAGUUUGGAUCCGAUAAUUUAGAUACCCGCCAUGAUAUAGCAUAAUCGGCGAUGGCUUUGCGUCAAAAUGGUCUGGGUCGGCGACUUGCCAAGGACUACUUAUUAACGAGUGUGUCGCUUCUUUAUUGCUGCGAUUUAGCGUGGACAACGGGACAUCCCACCGCCUUGGUUGUCCAUAGACAUGGGAGUCGGCUUCGAAUUGCCCAGCCAGGCUGCUUUGUAUGGUACCACGAACAGGAGACAAUUCGGGAAAGCUUCACUUUGAGCACGAUCACAAAUACCUGCUCGUAAUUAGCUGUCAUGAGUGUGCAGCACAACUAAGAGUUAGCUCAUCACUGAGUUCUCCAUCC